UAUAGCAUAUCAGAACCAAGUGUAACUUUAAAUAUUGAGUUUGAUUGCUGCUCUGUGUGAAGUUUGACCAUUAUGGCAAUAUAGGAAAAGUGCUGAAAUGGGUCCAACUACCAAGAAUGCGGGUGGAACUACGGGGAGUGUAUGAGGGGAUGUUUCCACUUGACUCAUCACAUGUGGUUGCUAGAUACGUUACUCCACGAAGGACGGACUCAGUUCACUUGGACACCAACUAGCUUUGAGAUUGCUGUAUUUCUUGACUUUUACGCUUUAGAUAUUUUCACGGAAACACGCUAUGGAUUAUUCAACAUAACUACUAUUGGGUGCUUUAUUUCCCACACCCUCGUACCAAAAUGAUGAAGUUGUGUCUUCAAAGGACUCUGCCGAGCACGGCAUUAUUAUCAAGAGCUAAAGUCGCAAGUGAAUUCGGCAAACCAUUCUUUUUGGCGUCGCACGCUCAAAGGUGUUUUCUUGGAACACAUUCGCGUAAAGAGAAGCUCGAGCCCCUUACCUCACCUAAAGGAGCCAAAGACUUCAUCUACAGCCUUCACCCACAGGAACGAACAUGUUUACUGAAGGAACUACAGAACUUUGAAUCCAUAGCUAUCGCUCAAGCUUCUAGCAGUGCCAGCCCGUGCCCUACUUCCCUCCUCAGCCGUGCAGAUCCAGGGGGAGCGGAGAAACUGGAAGCAUUGCCGCCCAACUCUGGUCAGCUGAGAUAUGUGCUCAUUCACAAUGCGAUUCCCUUCGUGGGUUUUGGUUUCCUGGACAACGCCAUCAUGAUUUCAGCAGGAACUCAAAUUGAAUUGUCCCUCGGAGUGGUCUUUGGGAUAUCCACCAUGGCAGCUGCUGCUCUGGGAAACCUGGUGUCUGACCUGGCCGGGCUUGGUCUUGCAGGCUAUGUAGAGGCCCUUGCGGCCAGGCUGGGUAUGCAAAUCCCUGAGCUGACCCCGAAACAGGCAGACAUGUGGCAGACCAGAGUUAGCGCACACCUGGGGAAGGGCGUUGGUGUGACUAUCGGUUGCAUCUUGGGGAUGUUCCCACUCUUUUUCCUGAAUGACGACGAUGACAAGAAGGCCAAGGAAGUCCAGACCCCGAGUCCAUCCAGCACAGAAUAGCGCAGUAGCUCAGAGACUCAGUCCUGGGCAAACUUCCAACAAGUCUCCUGUGGAAAAAAACUCCAGAACAGAUUGGAUGCAGUCAUCCACCUUCCCCCUACUCUCCUACUGCAUGCAACCAAAAAGGCACUAACCCCCGUCGUGCAUGACAGUGCUGUACAUUGCUGGCCUUGUUUACCCUCGCCACUGCAUCAACAAGCCUCUCUGUGUGUGCACAGCACACCAGAGAUGUUCAGACAGAACAAGACAUCGGAGUAUAUUUUCAUGCUAAUUUAUGAAUGCUGUUAAAACAGGAUACUAAUAUCAAUGGUCAUUUGGCAGUUCUUUGAAUUUGCAUUAUCAGUAACCCUAGCCUUAUCCUCAUUUUGAUGAUGUUAUGGUGUUUUUGUAUGCGCGCAUGUGUGUGUGUGUGUGUGUGUGUGUGUGUAGUCCUAUAUUUGCACUUGAGGUGACAGAAUUUCCCAUGUUUUACUUUUAUGUUCAUUUAGUGCACACUACAAGGCCUUAGCCUGCCAUAGGCCAUACUAACACAAGGGAGCAUAGAGUCUAUUCAAGAAAAGCCAAACAUCUUUUGUUCAAACUGAGCUACAGAACGAAAUCUUUACGUCCAGAAUAAAGAUUGAGAAAACAGUAACCUCAUGGUAAAUGCUAAUUAAAAGGCCAACACAAGGGGGGAUCAGAUAAACAAUUGUCACAGCAAUCAGUUUACAAAUGUUUGAUGUUGACCUGGCAUCUGAACUGAUAUCUUGCAGAUUGUGGGGAAGAUGUGUGCAGCUGUGUAUUUAUGUGUUGGUGUGCAGUCAGCUAUUGAUGGAACCACUCAGUGGUAUGUAUGUAGGGAAAUUACUCUUUUUACAGAUGAAGUUUGGUGCUCCUGAAUAUUAAGAUUAUUAGGCCGUUACCUCAUUGUGUACAUUUUUAUUGUACGUUUGUGUUUGAAAGCAGUACUGUUGGCACUGAAAUGUACUUUUCUGUUAAAGAAAAACAAACAAACAAAAAUAAGUUUUUACUUUGAUUUAUCGUAGAAUAUCAUGAAGUGUUCUCUCACGUUAAGCAUGCUGUCCUUGAUCAAGCUAAUUUGCAGGAUUUCAUUCCUUGUAUGACAUGAUAAAUUGUCAAAUGUACACUUAAUGACUAUGAUUACUACUUCUGUUUUCUGCCAUUUGUUCUACUUACAUCUCUGAUCAGUUGUAACAAGACAUAAUGCCUUGUAGAUGAUGACCUCACGUCCUUAGGAACAGCUACCUAAUGAUUUUAUUAUUUAAUUAUUAUUAUUAAUAAUAGUAAUCUUAUCACAUGACAGGUGUUGGGAGUGAAUUUCAGUUGUCUUUGUGUUCUCUACAUGUUAAUUUGUGAUUUUUUUUUUUUUUAAGGAAUGCAUCAUGAUUUUAGCACCAUGGUUGCACAUUGUGUAUUGCAUUGAAUGUUAAUCAAAACCAGACAUGUAUACAGUUUAUAGUUAAAAUCUCCUGCAAUAUAUGAUCAGACUUUGCAACGCUAUUCUAACUUGUACAAGUUGACACUAAAAACCUUUGAUUGAAUACCUUGCCUGAUCAAUCAACAGUACUUGUCAAGCCCCAGGCAGCAGUGUUGUUUGUAGUAAUGCAUUGCGUGUUCACUAUGAAUAGACAUUCAACUGAAUUUGCAAUUAUCUUGUAUAGAUUGGGCUAUUAUGAACUUAAAAUUGUUUGUAUGAUUUCUUUUAUGAAAAAACAACCCUAAACAGAGUAUUCCAAGGCUUUGUUACACUCAAUAAGAAAUAUAAAUCAUUAUUGAUUUUACAUGACAUGGAAUUCACUCCAGAAGCAAAUGAAGUUGGGCAGAGCAGAAAAAGGCAGGUUAUAAACAUCUCCGUGUUUCUAUGUUACUCCAGGAAGGUGAAGUAAGUGACACGUGAAUUGUGAGAUUUUUCUAAACAGAAUAUUCAUCUUCAUGUCCUUUUCUCAUGACCUUUGUUGACAGCUCAUUAUAGAGCACAGUGGUUGUCAAAAUGGUUUCAUGAAUCAGACAAUAAAUGGAAAAAUAAAUUGUCAA